GCUCUCCCCACUCAACACAAACACUCUCCCUUAAGGCCAUCAUCCUCUCCAAUCCUCUUCUGCUUUUUUCCAUAAGCAAAUCAUGUCGGCUUAUUACUACCCCGGUUGCUCAGAUAACUACGAGGCACAUUACCUCGAUUCCUGUUCCGCUUGCGGGAAAUCGCUUCACAAUUCCGAUAUCUUCAUGUACAGAGGGAACACACCGUUUUGCAGCAAAGAGUGCAGGCAGGAACAGAUGGAGCUCGAUGAAUCGAGGGAGAAGAAGUUGAAAUCCGGUAGAUCUCUAAGGAAAUCAGAUUCCAAGAGCUCCACGCCCAACAAAACUGUACGGACGGGGAUCGUAACGGUGUCGUAAUGAUUGCUUUGUUGUAGAGCGAGUGAUGUGGUAUAAUAAUCAAUUUUGGGUGGAUAGACAGGAAAAAAAACGAAAAAGAGAUGAUC